CACAAUAAAACCAAAUCUGUGUCCGCCCUCAGUCUCCCUCUCGCAAGAAGCUGGUGGCGAUCUGGAGAUUCUGGAUCAAAAUCCUUACUGCCUCAGGGAGAAAUCGGCUUCAUUCUCGUCCCGUUCCGUUGGGAAGUUUUCCCCCCGAUUUCUAGCAGAAUAAUCUGUCCCACGUGCUGGUAUUUAGUGCUUUUAUCCAUUAUUUCCGCUGCCUAUGAUUUUUUUCCUUCAACGGGGGAAUAUCUUUCCUAUGAUUUGGAACUUGUUCCUGAAUCACGGCUCAUCAAGUUGGGAUUGGAGUGCUAGUCUCAAAGCAUUAAUAAGUGACGAUGGCAAGUAAUAAGGGGAAAGGUGCUCAGAAAGAUGAAGGAUCUUCUUCCAGCAAUGUCCAUGAUGCUAGUGGUAAUGAAAUCCAGAGGCAAAGAUCCUUAAAUGGGAGGAUGACUGGUCCAACACGUCGGUCAACCAAAGGACAAUGGACAACUGAGGAGGAUGCCAUAUUGCGCAAGGCUGUCCAGAGUUUUAAAGGCAAAAACUGGAAAAAGAUAGCUGAAUGCUUUCCAGACAGGACUGACGUCCAAUGCCUACAUAGGUGGCAAAAAGUUUUGAAUCCAGAGCUUGUGAAAGGACCAUGGUCAAAGGAGGAAGAUGAAAUUAUAAUUGAAAUGGUCAAGAAGUUUGGACCCAAAAAAUGGUCGGCAAUUUCACAAGCAUUACCUGGACGCAUUGGGAAGCAAUGCAGGGAAAGGUGGCAUAAUCAUCUUAAUCCCUCCAUAAAUAGGGAGCCAUGGAUGCAAGAAGAGGAAAUAACACUUAUUCAUGCCCAUCAAAUUUAUGGAAACAAGUGGGCAGAGCUGACAAAAUAUUUACCAGGCAGGACGGAUAAUGCAAUAAAGAAUCAUUGGAAUAGUUCAGUGAAAAAGAAAAUAAGUUCAUACUUAGCAUCAGGAUUGCUUUCACAGUUUAAAGGGCUUUCUCAUGCUGAAAGUCCUCAGUUAGUUGAUAGACAGACACCGAAUGAGAGUGAUAUAAAAGAAAGGCUCGAGAUUGAGGAUUCAUCAGAUCAUUGUGAAACUUCAUCUGCUAAUUUGGUUUGCUCUCAGUCUGAUGGGGAACUCAUUAAUGCUGCGCCAGUGGAUGAUGAAAUGAAAUUUGAUACAGAUAUCAGUGGAAAAGAUUUUCAGGACUCCAAUUUUGCAAUAUGCAUGAAGGAAUAUUAUGCCUGUUUAGAGGAAUAUACUUCUGCUGUUUCUGAAGCACAGUGUGAUGUAUCAGCAUCUACAAGCUUAAUACUAGAGGCUAUACCAGAAAAAAUUUCUGAGGAAGUGACAGCGUAUCAGUUUCCAAACAAUUCUUCAGCAGAAGUGUCCCAGAAAUUAUUGGAGUUACCAGAGACAUCAGAAUACCAGAAACUUUGCAGUAGAAACGAUGUUAGUGAAUCUGCUUUGUGGCUAAAUCUGUUAGAUCAUACAAACCAGAAUAACCUUUUGGUAUGCGGAACUAGUUGCUUCAACAACAAUCCUUAUGGGUCAGGUAUUAAUCAAGGAACUACUGAGGAAGUAUCUACUGAUCUUGAUGUUUCAAGCUCCAUCAAUUUGGAUUAUUUCUCAGGUGUAAAUUGCCAAAAUUCUUUCACUUCUGAAGCUUACAGAAGUACUACUAUGUGCUCUGAUCAAGCUUACCCUAGCAAUUCAUCAGAUAUUCUCCAAAAUUCCCAUUGCAACAAUUUGGUGGCGCUAGCACCUCCUUACCAAAAUACAAGUGAAGGAAGUUUGCAUGGAUGCCAUACUGUUGAUACCAGACAAACCUCUGUUGGAGGUCAAGAUCCAGGGGUCAUUACAUGUUCAUAUGAUGGCUUUGCUUACUCUGGUUGCACUUUUCUGUGCCCUGAUGAUAAAAAUCAACCUAAGAUUACUCUGCUGGAAGAGGAGCGGGAAAUUGGCACUCCAAAGCACACAAAUACAGAAGAGAUAGGUUCUGUUAUUCCCAAUCAAAAGUUGUUAUCAGAUGAGGAUACAACUGUACAGUCAGUAGAGAAGCCAGAUUCUGGAGCUUUAUUUUACGAACCACCACGCUUUCCAAGCUUAGAUAUUCCAUUUGUCAGCUGUGACCUCAUUUCCUCUGGAGAUCUUCAGCAAGCAUAUAGUCCCUUUGGAAUUCGUCAGAUAAUGAUGUCCUCUAUGAGUUCCAAACCAUAUAGCUUUUGGGAUUCACCAUCACGUGAUGGGUCACCUGAUGCCCUUCUAAAAAGUGCUGCCAAAAGUUUCUUGUGUACACCAUCUAUUAUGAAGAAGCGGCAACGUGAAUUGUCAUCACCUCUAGCAGAACAAAGGACCGACAAGAAACCUGGUAAACAUAUGGUUCAUGUGCCAUUAUGCUCAUUCCCCAUGAAUAAUGAUGAGAAAUCUUGCAUGGUUAAUGGGAAUAAUGAAGCCAUUUUGGAUAAGAUUACUUCGGAUUGUACUGAAGGGGUCUUUAGUUCUCCCUCUGAUAACCAGCGGAAUGAACCUGUCCUUGAGGAUGAGGACAAAGAAAACAUAAUGCCUGCUGGUUAUGCAACAGAUGGAAAUGUUGAGGAAGCUAAGGUCUUAAGUAACCUGUCUGAUAAAGUGAUAUCCUCUUCAACAACUGUUAGUGCUGCAAAUGCAGCUGAUGCUGGUGCUUCGAGGACACCAUUUCGUAUUCUCAUUCAAUGCAAUUCCAAGGACCAAGGACUCUUUUCUCCACGCAGCAAUGAAGGUCCUACCAAGGUGUCAUCUGCCACAGGUUCAAAGUCAUUGAAAGUUGAAACAAUUAAGGGAUAUGAAAGUAUAUCAAACAAUGGCCAAAUAGAUCCCAAUGCUGAAUCUCUGAUGCAAGACUCUACUGUGUUUUCUCCGAGUGUUGAUGAAAAGAAAAAGGACUUGCAUUCAGUUCCAACAAUAUCAAUUUCAUCUCAAUCAACAGGGCCUUCUCCUACAGUGGUUGGAAAAUGCAGUUCAGCUGCUGAUGACAUCACACACUUAAAAAUUUUUGAUGACACCCCUUGCAUCAAAAGAGGGAUUGAAUCUCCUUCGGCAUGGAAGUCACCUUGGUUUAUGAACUCUCUCCUUCCGGGAAAUGCAAUCAACAAUGAACUGACAUUUGAGGAUGUAGGAUUUUUCAUGAGUCCAGCUGAUAGAAGUUGUGAUGCCAUUGGCUUGAUGAUGCAAUUUAGUGAGCACACUGCUGCUGUAGUUGCAGAGGCUGAAGAGUUGCUGAGAAGUGGAAGUGCUGGCAAAACCUCAAAUGAGGCACGACUGGAGAAGAAGAAAUCCUUAGAAGAAAAUGUGGAUUGCGACAAAGAAGCAGAAAAUUUUAGCAUGCCGGCAAAAAUUAUGUCUGAAGCACGAGUUCUUGAUUUUAGUGGCUGUGGCACGCCAGUUAAAAGACCAGAAAAUUUGAAAACAGGGAGUACAACAGAGACGGCAAUGAGCCCUUCGUCGUAUCUUUUGAAGGUCUGCAGGUAGAAAGGUUCAGGCCGAUAACUACAAAUCCUUUUUUUUCUUUAUGCCCCUUCGCUGACAUAGCUGUAAUGAUUUAUUGCAUCCCAUGGUUUUUUUUUCCUUCUCUAUUUUCAUUUUGAUGGCCUAGCCAUCGUCUUAGCUAGAAGACAGCUGAUUUGGAGUAUUAUUAAUGAAUGUUACUUGAAUGUAAUCUCAAUGUAUUUUUCCUGCGCUUGUA